GCAGGUUUUUCACGGGGUGUUAACACGAAGUGGUAGAAGAAAAAAAAAACAGGGCUUGGUUGGCGAAGAAGAACACCCUCGAAAAGGCAUUUGCGUGGUUGUGACGACGACUACGGCGACGAAUGCGGAUGAAGAUGACGGUAGCGUGUUAUCGCGGCCCAAAGAUACGGGUUUGGUGGUGAUUUUAAUUCCAGAACGGACGCUAAACGGCAAAUACAAACACGCGAUACAAUGAACCAGCAAAACGCGACUCUCGCCGGCCCUCAUCACCGAAAAAAGCAACAACCAGCUCAAGAAGAAGCAGCAGCAGCAGUAGUGUGAACCGAUGGAAGUCGUGGAGUGUACAUAAGCUUCAUAAGCAACACACACUGCUAGAGUCGCCGGAUCGGGCGUUAUUUUUCCUCGUCGAGAGCUAAUUGAAGAAUAAGAAAAUCACAACCUAUAAUAACAGUCACAUCACUAUCAGUCAGUAUCAACGAAUAUUAGUUGCAGUACCAGCCUUAGAUCAUACGGUAAGGGAAGAGGGAAUAAGCGAGUACAACACACCAGUGAGCCAGGAAUCGGAAGGGAAAAGUGAAUUAUUAAGAUUAUGCUCUGUUAUUGUACGGGUUAGGUUGCAUUACGUUGCGCUACGACCGCGUAGAACACAAACAAACACGUUGUUUUGCGUGCCCCCGUUUGUUCCAUUAAGCUCGGCGGACUCUGUUUCGUGUCCUGUAAGUUGUUCAAAAUUACGAGUUAAUUUUAGAAGCAAUCAGUUUCGUUUCGCUGCGCUACGUGUGCAGUAGCAGUGAUGGAAUAAUCGAAUCAUCUGCUGUGUGCGAUUGAAUGUGCGAUAAGUUGUGAAGUUGUGGGCCGAGAAUCACGACCGGUGCUGCGAUCUCUGUUUGUUUUGCUUGUUUGGUUUGUGUAGUUUGUGUCUGAAGUGUGUGUAGCCUGCCCGGUUACGAACACCAUCUCACGACAACGCGCGUAACGACACACGGGCGCUGUGGUGUGUUUGUUUUCACCUCCCCUCGAUCAAGUGCGCCCGCGAGAGAUCCAGUGGCGGCGCGCUUGGUUCGAAUCACCCAGGCAGCCGGCUGAUGUUUGUUUUUCAUUUCUGUUUGCUCCGUGAAGAAUGUCCGUGAAGCUGCGGAAGUGCGAAUGAAAUCAGUGCCAAAAAUUACCCACGAACGAACUAGACAAACAACAAUAAUAGAAGCUUGUGGCAGAAGCAUUGGAGUAGAGAAGAUCAAGUCGUCGGAUUGGUAGUGGUGCGAGUAGCAAGCAACGCUCAAAAUGUCGCUGGAUUCGAUGGGCCCUUCGGCUGGCGGGGGCAGCUCCGGCGUCGGCACACUGUCCGGCACCAGGAUGAUCCACUCGCUGAGCACACCGUCCGGUGUGGACGGAACAGUGUCGACGUCUCAUUCCCGCGGCGGCAAGAAGCUGGCCGUGCGCAUCCAAAUGUUGGAUGACUCUGUCACCAUGUUUCAAGUGCAGGCUAAAGCCACCGGAAAAGUACUAUUCGAACAAGUGUGCCGACAGUUAAAUCUGCUGGAAGCUGAUUACUUCGGGCUGGAGUAUCAGGAAGCGCCAUCCGGCACCAAAUACUGGCUGGACCUAGAGAAAUCGCUGAACCGGCAGGUUGGGCUAUCGCUAGUAGAGCCAGUGCUGCGCUUCUGCGUCAAGUUCUACACGCCCGAUCCGCUGCAGCUGGAAGAAGAAUACACGCGCUAUUUGUUCUGCCUGCAAGUGAAGCGUGAUCUUGCCACUGGCAGCUUACAAUGCAACGACAAUACAGCAGCAUUGAUGGCAAGCUACAUUGUGCAAGCUUCCUGUGGAGAUUAUGCGGCGGAGGACUAUCCCGAUCACACCUAUCUGUCGUCGUACCGCUUUGUGCCACAGCAAGAUCAUACGAUGCAGAGAAGAAUUAUGGAGAACCACAAGAAACAUGUGGGUCAAUCGCCGGCGGAAGCGGAUCUAAAUCUGCUAGAAACUGCGCGACGAUGCGAGCUGUACGGCAUGAAGAUGCACCCAGCCAAAGACCACGAUGGUGUGCCGUUGAAUCUGGCCGUUGCUCACAUGGGUAUUGCCGUCUUUCAAGGCAUUACGCGGAUCAAUACCUUCUCGUGGGCGAAGAUUCGCAAAAUAUCAUUCAAACGCAAGCGCUUCCUGAUCAAAUUGCAUCCCGAAAAUUAUGUGUACCAUAAAGACACGGUUGAAUUUUUCUUCGAAGGUCGCAAUGAGUGCAAAAACUUUUGGAAAAAGUGCGUCGAGAAUCAUGGCUUUUUCCGUUGCACCGCUGUACAGAAUGUGCAACGGCGCAAGGCACGGGUACUGUCGCGAGGUAGCUCAUUCAGGUAUAGCGGCAAAACUCAGAAACAAAUCAUCGAAUUCGUUCGUGACAAUUAUGUAAAACGGCAAACAUUUCAAAGGUCUCAGUCUUUUCGGCAGGGUCCUCUACAUUCAAGUAACAGAAGUCAAUCACGCACUUCAUGUAAUGUGAAUCAAAGCAUCUCGGCUCAUCCUUUACUUCCGAUCGAAACCGCGGAAUGGGAACGUCGCAGUCAGAGCAACGUAUUGAGGACGCCUUCUCAGACGAGGAGACAAGUGGAUAUGGAGGUGGAUCGCCUACCCAGCAGUCCUACCGGCCACAGUCGUUCUCAGCUCACGGAAGCCCAGGUGGAGACCUAUCCGAUGAAGAGCUAUACCCAGCAAAUGGGAAUGGAGGGCUCGGGCCACACGCCGCUGCAGGACUCGAGCCAAUCUGCGUCCCCGGGGGGCACCUGGAGUUCGCCGUACCACAACAGCAACAGCAGCCAUGCGCGCGAAGCCGAUCGGGCUCGUGCACGUCAAGACGGUCACAGUUCCGGUCUGAACCACCGGCUCUAUGCCACUAUGUCCCCCAAAUACACUCAUCGCAGCCACAGAUUUACCACGCAGCCACAGCAGCUGCUGCAGCAGCCACAGCAGCAGCAGCAGCGUCGGGCCUCAGCCGGGCCGCUGGGCCAACCGGGGGAUCGCAGCAGUUCUAUGGGGGAGACAACGGUCUCCUCCACCAGCCGGGAGAGUGUUUUAUUGCCGCUGGACACUCGCACCAGGCGCUCUUCAGCGCUGCUGCCGGGGGUGGCGGCCUCGGGGUCGGGAAUGGCACCCUCAAUGGUGGGAGCCAGCAGCUCUCAAUACCCCAGUGCCACACUAGCCCGUUAUAGCAAUACGAGUACCUAUUCGAUGUCUAAGUCAGUGAGCACCGGGACGGACCUAUCGGACGAAGCGCCGGAUAAUGUCAUCUACUCGGAUAUCAACGAUCUGUAUCGUCAUCGGAAAUCGACCACCUCCGGGGGCAGUGGUGGUGGUGGCGGCGGCGGAUCGGCGUCAGAAGCUCGCACCAACGCGGCGGCCGAUGAAGAGGCCGCCGAGGAGGUGGAAGACGAUGAUGAGAUCAUGGAUGAGGUGGAGGACGAGAACGCGAUCCGCCGCCCCUAUCUGGAGGACGACGACGACGAUGACGAUGAAAUCGAUAUCCGGUAUGCGACUGCUACGCAGAUUAAAGCGAUGACAUCCGGCGCUGCAUCCGAUGCUCCGAAGCCCGUCCCUAGUGACGAACUGUACGCGACAGUGGAUAGGAAAAGUAAGCUGAACAAGCAGCUGCAACAACAGCAACAGCAACAACAACAACAACAACAAGUAACUGUACAAGUUGCCACUCUCAAAACGAACACACAUUACCCCGGUAAACACUUUAGCGAUGAGUUCAUAGACGAUAGCAUUAGAAACUACAAUAGCCAUACUAAUAUAAGUACGAACGUAAGCAAGCUAAACGAUGCGAGUGGAGGGACGCUAAACUCGGCCAGCGCUGGCGAGAUGUACAAUCGUUCAGCUCAUUUCGAUGAAUACUGUGGCAAUAAUCGGUACUCCGACACGUCGGACUACUUCAGCCACAGUCAGCAGCAUUAUUCGCACUCACCAAACUCCCAGUCGUUGGCCACGACGAUCACGCACAAGAACGGGCUAACGGACGAUGAUGAUCGGUACUCCUGUUCGAAUCCUCCGCCAAUUCAUCCGCGAACCUCGCAUUCGCUGCCGCGCAAUUCGCAGCUCGCCAAGAUCGAGUCUAUCGACUCGAACUACAGUGGUGGGGAGGGGGGUCCGAGUAGUGGAGGUAGGACAGGAGGGAGCUCUGGGGAGCACAAUUUCAUGGGACACCACUCGUUGAAUAAUCUGCCCAGCUCGUCCAAGGUGACCAAUGAUUAUCUGCACUAUUCCUCGCUGUUGAAGGGUGGUGGUGCUGGGGAUGGUGGACCGGAUGAUCCGAUGAACAGCAAGAAAACGUCGUCGGAAAGGCUGGAGUACGAGCUGUCGAAUGCGAACAUCUACUCGACGGUACAGUACAAGAACUAUGAGGAGGAUUUCGACGAGGAAGAGUACAUGAAUUACCAGCGUCAGCGGGGCGCAGAUAGAGACGCGUCGAAGGAAGCCUGGUUGCGAAGUAGCUCGUGCAAGGAGCUGUGCGACUACGGCUACGAUUCAACGGGCCGGGCCGACUUUUCGCUGAUGGAGCGUGAAUUCCUGACCUCCGAUCGGAUCGACAGUCCGGUGACGCGCUACGACGACUCGCGCCACUCGAUGUACGUGCAAAAGUCCAACUACUCGGUGGAGGUGAGCCAGGACUGUUUGGCAAACGAAGGGAAGGUGUACUCGUCCAGCUAUCCUGGCACCACGUACAACACUAUCGAUCAUACGAGCUAUCGCAAGCACACCAAUCAGAACUUCUAUUCCAACUACGAGUACGGAUCGCAGGACGAUAUUUCGCACGACAGCUACGAACUGUUGGAAAAGUCGGACGACGAGCUGUACUACAAGUUCAAGGCUGAUUCGGAGGCACACACACGAUCCUGCUCGCUCGAUUCGGGCAACUACAUUCCGACGGACGAUGAGAGCAUUCCGGAUCAGCAACAACAGUCGGGCCAUCAUUCGCAUCACGUGUCCCGCCUGUCGAGGUAUUGCUCCAGUCUGGAGACAAAGAGUAAGAGCGCCCCGGACAUCGACGAUCUGGACGAUAUGUUUUUGAUGGAAGACCCGAGAGAUCUUCCGCGCGAAAAGCUGUGCGUCAAGUCGGAUGGAAACUUUUACAAGAAAAUCAAGAUGGCGAUGGGAGGCUCGUCGCGAAUGUCCAGCCCGGAGUCGCGUAGCGAUUACUACGAGUCGAAGCUUUCGAAGAGCAGUGGCUCGAGCAAGAAAUCGAAGGACAGUGUGUACCACACCGAUAGCAACAAGAAGUCACGCGAAACGCUGAAGAGUAAAUCGGGCUCGGGCUUCAACUCGCGUGCCUCCAGCCAGGACUCGAAAGAUGCGUUCGGAGGUAUGGACAUACUGCUGACGAAGAACUACGAAAUGCCGACCACGACGAGCAAAAAGGCCAAGUAUCUGUCGAAGCGGUUCGAUAGCAGCUCUCGCAACUCUAGCCAAGACUCGAAGAGUGAUUACUACGACGCCAGUGAGCAGCAGCAGCAGCUGCAGCACGAGCACGAGCUAGACGGUGACGGUGCCGAUAUGUCGGACGAAAUCUAUUCCCGUGCCAAGGUGAGUCACUCGGACGAGCACAUUCGGGUGGGCGAAGACGACGACGACGACGAUGGACUGUCGAUGGUAAAGAACGGGAUCUCAGCGACGGCGGCCAGCUUCUACGACAAUCAGAUAUACUCGUCCACGUUCCCGAGUGCCCAGGCCAAGCCAACCAGCGCGGGCAAUGAUACCGGCGGAGGAGGCAGCAAAACUUCGCACGUUCACUCGAUCAGCCUGCAGAACGUGGAGUUGGAGCGGAACUCUCGCUCGGUGGGCUAUUCCGCGUACAAAUCUCCUUCGCCAGUACUGCCAACCGCUUUGCCGAAACCGAUCGACAAGCAACCGCCCAAGACGACGCACAUUUGGCCGGAGGAAAUUGAAGGCUUGCCCACGACCAUCACCGAAAGCCAGCGGAUCGAUCGAUCGCGAGCGUUUCGCAAGAAAUCGGACAGUGAGAACAUCUUCAGCUUUGACAAGGAAAAGAUCGAAUCGCUAACGAGCAGCCUGAACGACGAAACGCCCACUACCGCGAUCAUGGUGGAGGCGAAGGGAAAGGUAAGCCCAGACUACCCGCUAACCCCGGAGCUGCUGUCGGAGUUUGACAAGCAAAAGAUCGAAUCGCCCCACAUUCUACCGAAGAAGACGCGCAAAGAGGAGCUGAUGGCAAAGACGCACUUCGAAGAGUACACGCCGAAGAUGAUGGGCUUGGAUUCGUCGGUCAUCAGCGGCAUUCCGCCGUACGCGCACGCGACCGUUGAGCGUACCAAGUCCGAUCCAAACUCGCUGGCUAAUCGGCCCCGACUCGGACCAAACUCGCGACGCCAUACGCUGAUGCACCAGAAGUCGAUCGAUCUUACGCCGGCCGAUUCGAGCGAAGAAGAGUAUCUGUACAAACAGAUACCGAGCGCACCGCCGCUCUGCAAAUCCCACGGCAGUCACUUUGAGCUGCCGCAAUCGUACGACAUGAAUGUGAUCCCCGACGUCGUAGAGCUGCCCAGGAAUGGGUUCGAGAUGCCGAAGAGUUUCUUCAAGGACUAUCAGGAGCGUCGCUCAUCGCACAAAGCCGUCCUGAAGGACGAUAUACCGUACGUGCUGCACAAACGGCACGUCAUGAACGGGACGGCUCCGUCACCGUUGGUGGAGGGCAAAACGGGCACCCCACAUCGUAGCUAUCCGAAGCCAAAGAGUCCCAAGUCGCCAAAGUCUCCCAAAUCGCCGAAAUCCCCCAAGAUGCUCAUGUCGGACGGUGGAAAAGGGGAUGCAGCAAACCAAGCUUUCGUCGGUUCGAAGGAAAAUCUGCUGCGCGUGAAGGACGACACGGAGCUGCUGAUCGAGCAAGGCGGCGGGGCAGACGAACAGCCGGGCUUCCUGUUCACCCAAAACAUUGACCUGUCGAAGGUGGAUCCUGUGACGCUGGAAGUGGACAAAACGGUGCAAACGGUGCAGCUAGUUAGCAGCCCGAAGCGAGACAUCACGAAGCGCAUGGAUCCGUUGAUGCUGGAGCAGCUGAACAGCAAGCUGAGCCAAAUCGAGAGCGACUCGGCCACGAGCUCCAAGACGGACAGCAAUGCCGCUCAGCAGCUGCUGCAGCCACAGCCCAGAAAGUUCGACUCGAAGCCGGUCGAUCUGCCCUACCUGCUGGUGGACAAGAAGUGCAUCGAGCUGGCCGUCCCGAAACGGGUGGUGAAAACACGUGUCGCUCCCAUUAAGACCAAGUGCGGCAAGUCGAAGCGUAACGCCAAAACGCGCAUCACUUCCUUCUCCUCGGACGACGAGAGUCUCGAUUCGGACGAUGUGUUUGGGUCCGCGGAAGCGAUGCCAACGAAGUUGGAGUUUUCUCCGCCCCAGUCGCGCAAGGAAAUCGAACCGAUACUGAAGCACGAGUCCAGCAAGAUGGCAUCGAACGCGUGGGCCAGGGGACAAACGAUGAGCUCGACGGAGAUCGAAGGAUCGCCGCCCCAGUGUCGCCGUCUGGCGGAGCUGGAGAGUCGCUAUCACACGGUGAAGCUUGAAACGACACAGCUCACAAGCACCGAGCUGCGCCGCAUAUCGGAACGAUCGUUCUCCAUUCCCAGCUCGGAAGAUGAAGGCAAAAAGGCACAAACGAAAGCGGAUGAAUCGACCAAAGCACUCCAAACGGCGGAAAAGUCACAAGAGUCGUCGAAAACACAAGCCCACGGUGGUGAGGUGGGUGAAUCUAAGGAUGGCGGGUUGGGGUUUUCGAAACAACACCCGGAACCGGGAGUGAAGAAAUCGGGCAAGGAGGACGGAACGUCGACGACCACCAAAUUGUCUCCGUCACGGACGAAACUGAUUGAAGAGCUGAUCGAUUCAUCGAUCGUAAUGCGUUCGAAGGGACAUGCACCGAUCUUGUUUGCACACGCUCGCUUAAACCUUAGCGAAGGGUCCGCUUUCGCUUCGCUGCAACGCCAGAAGGCCCAAGAAUCGCCUACUUCCGGGCGCCGCGCCAAGAGUCUCGAUACUCCGGUUAUUUCUCUGCACAAAUUACCUCCAAUGAAUGCGUUCUCCUCGAAGGAUGACACGGUGGGGUAUGAAGAGGAGGAGGAAGUGCUGGAAGUGAAACCCCUGCAGCAGCAGCAGCAAAAACCCUCGAAAGCUUCAGUCAUCGAAGAGGAGGAGCAGGAAGACUCGGUACACUCGUGCGGCGAUGCGAUCGUCAUCCGUGAUCCAACAAUUUCGCGUCAAACAUCGACCACGGAGGAGGAACGCAAAUCCGUUCGGAUCGAUGCAGAUGAGCUGGAGCUGCUCGAUCGGCUGAAGUACAUCGAGAAGAUCGAGCUGCAGGGUGUGAAGAUAAAGGAAAAGCGCAAAACUAAAACGAAGCUCAAAAGCGGCCAUCAGCUAAUACUGGAGAUACCAAAGUACAAGUUUGAGCCUUUCAGCUCGGGCAACAGCUCCAUCAAAACCUCUCCCGCCAUCAGCCGGGCUAGCAGUGUGGAAAGCACAGGUAAAGCGCGUCAAAAGACGGACAGUGGCACCCAGACACCGACCGGAGGCGGUGCCGCCAUUAAGCCCCAGCGCAAGUCGACCAGCCCGAAAGGGUCGGAAAAGCUGGUCCAACCGAAACGACGCUCCUCGGACGAUGUGAAGAAGUCUUCGUCCCCGAACGACAUGCUGCGCACCAAGAGCCAGGAAGCGCUGGGCAAGGGAAAGGGCUCUAGCGCCAAGGAGAAGUCGAAAUCGCUGGAAAAGAUGGAGCUGAAGCGGCUAGGCAGCCGGGAACGGAAAUCUACCGAGGAAAGCGAACUGGAGCGCGCUCGGCGCAAGGAGCGCCAGCAGAAGCUGUACGAAUCGGCCAUGAAGCAAACGAUUAACAUGCUCAGCCCGGUGAAGGAUCAACUGCCCCAGUUUCCGGCGCCGGAGGAUAAGAUAUCGGUGAAAACGGAGGGUGAUAAGAUUAUUAUUGACGCGGACAUAAAAUCGAAACCGGAAGAUCACGUGUUUAUCGCGAAGGCACCGCGUAAGCUGGACUGUGGCCUGUCGAAGAUAAGCCGCAGCUUCGAGGAUCAGAAGAGUGUGGAAAAGCUGGACAAGGCCAGCCGUAGCUUCGACGAUCGCAGUAAAUCGUUUGACGAUCAUUCGGAUCGGUCGGCGGACGAGAGCAGCAUCGUUAUCAAGAGUCCGACGCGGCUGAGCAAGAGCCAAGAGCUGAAGCAGAAGAUCGAAGGCUCGGUCGUACAUAAGGGACGCAUGGAAGGCAAAUCGAAAAGCCUGGAGAAGAAGUCCGAACCACAGUACUUGGAUAUUGAGUACAAGACCCGCAGUCUGGAUCAAAACUACACGACGGAAAGUAGCGCUUCUUCGUAUGGUGGCGGUGAUGCCACCUCGCCCGAAUCGGAAGCUGCUGGUCAUGGCAUGAUGGCGGGCAGGAAGCAGGAGGUAAAGGUGGAUGUUCACUAUUCUGCCAAGAUGGAUUCGCCUGAUGCCGAUAGUAGUAACCGUGGUGCAUCGCCGAGCGGUCGGGGCCGUAAAUCCACAACGGACAGUGACAGUAAAUCGAUCGAUGAUCAUCGUCCGGCGUCGCGGUUCGAUAAGGGCAAGAGUCUGGAUAGCAAUAUUUCGUCCGAAAAGGAUGGCAAGAAGAAGGAUAAGCCGCAAGCCGUCGAGAGACGUUCACAUUCGCAGCCAGUGUCAGAGUUUGGAGAUGAACUCGACAUGCAGGACAUUAUAUCUGAGCGACGUACGCUUGAUCUGAUGAAGCGACGAUCGGAGGAAAAGACAGUAGAUACCAGCACGACCAGCUUUAUGGGUGAAUCGAUAGAUCAGAUGGGUGGAGAUAAGGAGGGAAAGAAAACUUCUGGUACGGUUGGCAGCGAAGAAUCGCUCACUGAAGUGAGUGAGUUGAAGGAUGCUGAAGGGAAAGACACCGGAUAUCUUCCGCCUCCGGUGCGUGUACCGACCAUUGAGUACGAAGAACCAUCGCUCGAAGAAGACGACAUUGUGGACGAGGUAGACGAGCUGGAGGUGGAGGAGCUGGAAGCUGAAGAGACGAACAAUAAGAAGGAAAUUUUGGGAAAACUAAACCUGGAACGAAGCAGAAGCGAUGAAACCGGCUCAUGGGUGACGAUCGCAUGUGAAGAGUUCACCGGCACUGAUGGGGUUAGCAGUCAGCAGGAAGAACUGCAGGAAGUGGCUGGGGGGUCGCACUACAAAAUCGAGUCACAGGCAACGUUUGAAGAUGUGAAAGACUAUGCGAUGCCCGAAUCGGAAGUGGUCGUUGAGUCGGUUGAGAUUCCGGUGCUAUCGCAACCGCAAUCCAACAGAUCCUCGCCGUCGGCAUUCGAUCAUCCGCUGCCGCAAGUGCCCGAGAAGAAGCCGGACGUGGUGGUGUCUCCGUUGCGCGAAAGGGUCGCCAGAGCGUCGGCAGUGGAUCGUGAUCGCGAAGAGGUCGACAAAAAGCAAGCGUCGCAACGGCGCGGUGACUUCCUGCGGCUGUCCAUUGAAAGAUCGCGCAGCUCGGAUACGGGCUCAAGUCGAGAGAAUGAAACCAGCCCCAUUAGGCAUGAUUCCAGCACACCGCGCGGAAAGGGUUCGUUGGAUGAAGAAUCGAGUGUCAGCUGUUCCAUUUCACGUCCGCUCGGUAUAUCGCAAGAUAUGGAUUCGAUGGAUCACUUGAAAUGUCGGGAGUUGCGCGAAGCUAUGCUGAAGAUGGAGGAGUACGAUGAUGGGUCGGUGGCGAUGAGGAAGGUUUCGCCUACGCUCGAGAAACAAUAUCCGGUCGAUUUGGGUUCGGGAUCCGAGUUGGAUAUAGAAACGCCCGAAGAUCGUAUUUCCAGACUUCUGCAGCGUGAAGAAAGUGAGUCAAGCUCAGACAAUGGGGUUGGUCCAGUUGCACCAGGGCCCAUGGGUGGUACCGGUUCUGGAGGUGCUGUAGCAAGCGGUGGGGCAGUCCUCAAGCCAAGAGUGGUGAAACCCGUCCGUACGACGUUGCUACACAAGAAAGUGUGUCGUACGGUUCCUUCGAAUGAGAAACAGACGCAGCAAACGACUGCAGAGCUAAAAUCGGGCACAUUGAAGCUGCUCAGCGCUGACGGAGGCGAUCGUAGUUCGUUGGAGUCGAAAUCGAGCCUAGAAUCGAAAGGAUCGUUGGGAUCGUUCGAAACCGAAAGCAGCUCCGGAUCGCUCGGCGCUGCCCAGCGAAAGGGUGAUCUGCUGCAGAAGGAACAAAUGUCCACCUGGCGCCCGUAUCCGAUCGAAAGCUCGGGCAGCUCGAGCGUGGAGGACAACUGGCUGCCACCGGAGCAGGAAAGCUACGAAAGCUUCGAGCUGGCGACGGAAACGAUCGAAAUACAGAAGAUUCCGCUGCAAGACUCGAAAGAGCUGUCGCCGGACGAGCAAAAGGAGAGCGACUCCGACAUACAGGACGAGCUGAACGAUUUCCCGGCGACCUUCGGCUAUCCGGAGAUGACCUCCACACUCGGUAUCGCUAUCAAUCCGGUGGAUAUACUUGGGUAUGGAGCGAGCUUUGGGGUGGGCCGAACGUUGUCGCGCAUCUCGGAGCGCAGCACCAACUCGGAGAAAUCGAGCGGCGAAGAGGUGGCCGAGGCGGAAAAGUCGAGCCUGGAGGAUUUGAGCGUACACGACGAGUCGGCCAUCUCGAGCGAGCAUCAGGCGAGUCUCAGCUCGGAUCUGCACUCCAACUCGAACCCGGCGUACAUAUCCGACGCGGACCGCAGAACGUCGGCGGAGAUGCCGGACAUUCCGUGCGAUUCGGCCGCAGCCGAACGGCUGUCGGAGAUCUACCAGAGCAAUGUGGUGAAGAACGGUCGUUUCACUGUGUCCCACGUUACCGAAGGGGGUGGAGCGGGAGGAGGUAACGGAUUAAAGACGGCGGAAAGCAAACCCGAUUUGCAGUGUCUUUCGAUAGGUGGUGGCAGUCAAGAUUCGGAAGACUGGCCCUUGCCGGACAUACCGUACGACAGUACGCCGGGAGAGCGGUUUGAUCCGAGCGUCGGAGGACCUCCGGGUGUGAUUAUGCCGCCUCCAAUGCGACCAUACUGGACGGAGCAGGCAAUGGCAGGCGCCCGGCAGUCGCAAGAGUCGGACAAUUGGCCAACACCCCCGUCCAGUAUGCUGGAGCACGCUCCAAUCGUGGAAAACGUGCAGACAUUCCACGUGAACGAACCGCAGCAUCCAACGCAAGUGAUGGUGGAAUCGUUCACCGAACCGACUACAGGUGGGUCCGAUGACUCCGAUCCAGAUUACGCGGAGGUAGCUGGAGACGAUAUUCCAGAGCCUCCGAAACGGGACUACAUUCCAACCGGAUCCGGAUCUGGGUCGUACUCGGGCUCAUCUCUGUCCGGAAAGUCGGGCUCAUCGCCGAGUCCUUCGCUUUCGAUGGUAGUUCCUUACGAGAGCACCGCCUAUCUGGUGUCGGCGCUGCAAGAUGCAAAGACGUAUGAGACAGCCGUUACGUACGACAAUGCGACCUGUCUGAGUGGUGCACUUGGUCCAACAAGCUGCCUCAAGUCCACGUUUGAUAUAUGCUCUAGUCAGCGUGCGCUAGGCUCUUCGACUACUACGGGCGGUAUUGCGGGAAGGGGAGAACCGAACCCUGACCGGGUCAUCAUUUCGCAACCUACAAAGUCGCCGCAGAACUUAAGUCCCAUCACCGACGAUGACUUCUUCAUGAACGACGAAGUGUUCGGUCCGGGCACGGUGAAGAUCGAGAUAUCGCCCGACGAUAGUAAACCGUCCUCGUCCGGCGGUAUGGAGUACGGUGGAGGGCAGCAAAAGUUUUCCCGCAGCUCCAACAAUUCCGACACCUCGAUCGACGACAUGCUGUCAACGUCUUGUGGCACGUACAUGGAGGAGACGGUCCGGCUGCGCAAUCUGGAGCCGCGUCGGUUGAGCAACGAGUCGUGCAAGAAGUGCAGCCACAGCUCACACUCCGAGGAGGAGACGAGCUCGUUCGGCACGGAUCUUGAUGGGACGGUAAAGAUGGGACUGCAGCAAAAGCGCUGCACGCACAGUUCGCACUCGGAGGACACCUCGAUUGGGCUUAGCAUUUCCGAGUGGUCGACCGGUACGAACACGGUGCGGCAGUAUGCGAACCUGUCCGGCUCGGACAGUCUGUCGGCCGUCUCGAACCACUCCGGCAAUGCCAAGAGCGAGAAAUCGAACCAUACCAAGAGCUCGAUCAGCUCGAGCGUGCACAAGUCGACCGAAAGUCUGGACGAGAAGACGAGCGGCAGCUUCUCGAGCAGCAACACCAACCAGGCCAACAAUGCUGCCGGUGGCAAGCGUUUUUCGCUGGAGAAUGUGUCGGAGAACGGGGGCUGUCCGCGGUACGAGCCGUUCAGCAACUCGGAAACGGACACCAAAUUCUCGUCGGGCACUAAGAGCGAUGACACCACGCUGACGCUCACCGAGAUGGCCCAGACCAUUACGGAGUGGUCGACGAGCAGCAGCAACACGCUGAUCGCGCAAGUCGAAGCGUUGAAGCAGCUGGAAAGUGGAGGUAAUGGCGUGAAAGGUUCCUCCUCACUGGAACGAGCUGCUGGUGGCGCAACAACGACACGAACCUUCGAGUAUGUCCCACUGAAACCGCCCAAGGUGGUGAAAAAGGUGGCUGUCGCCUCACCAGACGACCAUCGCAAGGAUCUACCGGGAGUGCACGUGAAACCUCAGAUUCCGAAGCACUACCACCCGAUCGAGGCGGGAGAAAGCUCCAGAAUGGCCUCUGGCGAAUCGAACGUGGUGAUCCCUGAACGUCCAACGAGACUACCGCCCAAGAUCGUGGACGUGAUCGAGAAGAGUCCGAAGAGAAUGCCCGUAACACAGCAACCUCUUCCACAGGGCAAAGUGCUUUCGUCUGCGAGGAUUGAACCGCAAGAUGGCGCCAGCAAACGGAAGUCGCUCGAAAUGAUGUCCAAACGCUACCAGAGCCAGGACAUCUCGGACACCGAAACGUUCACGGAGAAACUGUACGGCCAGAGCGAGAAGCUGACGGAGCGCUAUCAAAGCCAGGAGUUUACGCCGAUGGCCGUGGCGCCGGCACCGAGCAAACCGCCCCGCGGUGACUCGCUGCCCUCCACCAGCCCGACGCCGAUGGCCGAGAAGCCGCUGGUGAAGCAUCACAGCUACGACGACAAAACGCUGUCAAAGUCGCAGAUUCGCGAGUACAAGACCACGAAGAUGCGUCACAGCCAGUCCUUCCACGAGCAUCUGGUGUCGUCGGAUCUGAACAAGAUCGUGGAGGAAAGCCUCGGCAGCUCGUCGACCACCACACACACCAGCGAAGCGACAAGCACCGACAACUCGUCGCCCAUGUUCCCGCGGCCCGAGAAGCUGGUCCGCUGCUCGCCCUACUACUCGAGCAGCCUUAGCUCGGAGUCGCCACCGAUUGCACCGAAUCAGUUGCCGCCGCCAGUGCAAAAACCGCCACGCAAAAGCUCGCUGCCGAGGAACUUUGUGCCGAAGAGUCCGCCGAGCGGCAACGAUACCGACAGCUCGCUGGACCACCGGGCGCAGGAUCCGAAGCUGCGAGCGCGCGGCUACCGGAAGAAGCGAACCGUACCGCUCAAGAAGAGCCGGCUCGAUCGACCGCUGGAGCAUCAGGAGAGCUCCGAAUGUUCGGAAGGCUACUUCCCCGAGCUGGACUCGGGCUCGUCGGACGCGGUAAUGAUGGAGCAGCAGCAGCAGCAGCAGCAGCAUCAGCGCUAUCCGGACUUUGAGGAAGAGCUGGAACAGCUGCCCGAAGACUACGAAGACGAGACGUACCGGGUGGAUGAGGACGAGGUGACGCCCAGCCGCAAUGGGGCCGGCGUGUACCCGAGUGCAUCGUACUCGAACAAGUUCGAGGGUCUGGACAUGACGGAGAACGUCGACGAGAUGGGCUUCCCGCGGUACGAUCGAUUGGGCCACAUAACCAACCCGAAUCUGUACAAAUCGGACACUCCGUCGCCGCCGGUCAAGCCCGUCAGGCAGCGUCGGCUGCGCCAUACAAAGCGCGAUGAUCAGCAGCACGACCUGGAGUACCAGGGUGUGCAGUACACGCCGGAAAGUGGCAGCUGCUCGGAGACGAAGGCCGGCCUCUCGGAUGACGUGUGCUACUCGAGCGAGGACAGCUUCGCGGCGGGAUACAAUCGUAGCAGCGGGGCCGGACCGGGCACCAGCUCCCGCUACCAGAAGAACGUCGAGAUUCCCUAUCCCGACUUCCUGUCCGACUACGAGAACGAGUCUUCCUCGGCCUGCUCGUAUGCGCGGCGCAUGGAGCAGGGUCGGCCGCGCUAUGUGGAGCUGGAAUCGCAACAUCAACAGCUGCAGCAACAGCAGCUGGGGUACGUGGAAGCGGGCAAAAGUGUCGAUGUGUCGGUUGCGUUCGACCUGAAAGCCUUACCACCUCCGAUCUACGUCGAGGAGGAGGAGGAGGAAGAAGAGGAAGGUGAUGAUCAACAAGGGCCCGACGAGGAGGAGGAGGACGAGCAGGACAAUGCUGUUUAAGCGAAUCGAAAUGAGCUGAAUGUCUUGGGACGCGUGCUGGCGUAGGGCCUCCGUAGAAAACACAGUGCCAAUGUGAAAACUGAUCGACGUUGUGAAAGAAGUAUGCCAAAUCUUUAAGAUCUAUUCCAUUUAUCGCUCACGAUCACUCUUUCUCUCAUAUAAUAUAUAUAUAUAUACAU